AAAGAUCAGCAAAUGCGCCUUCAUUGGUCUGGAUCAACUGCUCUCUUUAUUUCUUCCUUGACGUCAUCCAUAAACCCUAUUGAUUCUCCCGCUGAGUGCUGAUAUCUCUUGCUCGCAACGCAGUACUUCAAGUUGGGAAGAUUGAAGACCACACAUGGCUGCUGUCUCUGAACUGUCAGAUACCCCAAACCAAUGGGAAUUCAGCUGUGAUUUGGAGGUAGAUUUGGAGUCUGAAGAGAAUGCUUCCAUAGUCUAUGCUGCAUUGGUUGUUGAUAAGGAGUUGCAACCAGACAAAGUGAAGAGGCAAAUGUCAAUCUCUGACGGGAAGCUUUCAGUGCACUUUGAAGCAGUCGAGGCAAGGUUUCUUCGUGCUUCAUUUUCUGCUUUUGUCGAUGUACUCAUACUUGCCGCAAAAACAAUUGAAGAGCUUGGGCCAGGAAUGGAAUUGUGAUGUCUGAUUGUUGUGUUUUUUCCAUAAAUGAUGUGGAUUUUCAGCAACAAGUUGGCAUUAAUGUAUUUUUAUUUUUCUCUUCUUUUUUGUACUUCAUCUUUGGAGAUAUACAUGACAUUUUAACUUGGAUGUAACUUUAGCCUUUACCACACGACAUUAUCAUUCUAGGUUCUUACUAUGUAUGUUGAUCAGCUUAAAGAAUACCUGUUUUGUUUAUUUGAAAAGAACUUGAAUCUUA